AUGGCUGAGAAUUUACAGGCGGAUGGCUACCCGGACCCUUUCGUUGUAAGGGACUCGGGGUUCAAGGGGAUGGGUUGUUUUGCAUCGAGAGAUAUCAAGGCCGGCGAACGUGUUCUUGUCGAAAGGUGCGCCCUUUGGGAGGUAGAUCAUAGUGAUGUUUAUGAUAGAACCAACAGCCUACUCGAGUCUUAUUUACAACUGAGUGAAACAGAUAAGGCAAAAAUUCGGGACUUACACUCGGAAACAAAUCCCGUCGUUAGGUUUCGAAAUCAAGCAGCAUUUGAACAUAGCGGCCACCUAAUAACAGCAGCUCAACUUGAUGAGUGUGUUACCGUCAGGCUUGUUCAUGCUGCCAACUGCUUCGAGAUAGAGAGUUCUAAGACAGCUCCGGACGGGACACGAACUCCCUCUCGAACUGGCGUUUUUAUAAAGGCAAGCAGGUUUAACCAUUCCUGCGAUCCUAAUUGCUGGUAUACUACAACCUCAUGGACGGGUCAUUUUAUCUGUACACCGAUGCGGCCUAUCAAAGAAGGCGAGGAAAUCACAAUCAGCUAUAUACCUAAUCAAGCGACCAGGGAAAAACGACAAGCUCAAUUGCUGAGGUGCUGGGGGUUCAUAUGCCAAUGUAAUAGAUGUGAAGGUUGGGAUACUGACUACGACGUUCAUCUCGAGGAAGCAUACAAGGCGUUAAAUCCCAAUGCCGACGAAGAAAGAAUAUUACCAAGAUUUAUACAAGGGGGAAGAGAGGCAGAGGAGCAUCGUAUACUCCGGCGCCUUGAGCUUCUUCAAGCACUACUUUGGCCUCCGGAGCUAUAUUUCGGGUACCUAGAUGCGGCGGAGUUUUUCGUCCAGCUCAAAAAUGAAAACAAGAGGACAGAUUUGGAGCAGAGCAUAGUCUAUUCUGAAAGAGCUGAAGGUUACCUAGACAAUGCAGUCAGAGUAGGGGAAGAAAUUUGGGAGCCUGGUGAGAUAAUAUGGCAAGAUUGUAUGGACUAUGCGGAGAAGGUCAAGGCAGGAACUAUCGAGAUGAAGGCAACUUUAGAUGCGUUUAACGCAAGCCAGUCUUGAAUGGUUUAUGUAGUUAUAGGUAUAUGUAUAUAGUAUAGGGGCGCAUUAUUAAGUACUAGAAGAUAUUCCAAGGUCAUUAGAAGAAGUAAAGUUAAUACAUCUCUACUAGAGGUAACUAAACUGUUAUGAAGGACUUGAAAAACGAAA